AUGCGCUUCCUUUCCCUGACCCCAUUCCUCGCCCUGCCCGCUUUGCUUGUCGCAGCCCAUCAGCCAAAUGAUGUGCCGCCCGAUCCGUCAUACUACGAUGCACCGACUGCCAUAAACCACGGCCACGAAGCUCCCCUCGAUGCGCAAAAGGUGCAGCAAGAUCCAUGGGAGAAUGGACCGUUGGUGAAGCGAUGGCAACAAUGGGUUCGGCGACAAGAUACGGAAUCCUCGGAUGACGACAAAACGACGGAGACAAAAUCGGAGACACAAAAGACCGAAGAGACCACGCAAGACGAGCCGACCACGACGGAAGAAAAGACUACUACAACCGAGGAUAAACCCACGACGACCGAUGAGCCUACUUCCACGACCGAAGAGUCUACAACACAAGAAACAACUACCCAAGAAUCCUCGUCCACCGUCGAAUCAACCUCGACUGAAUCCUCCGCCUCCUCCACCUCCACAUCAAGCAGCAGCAUAACCGCCACCGAGCCCGGCGCAUCCUGCUACAGCACAACCGUCUCAACCAGUGUCGUCUGCUCCAUAACGACCGACGGCCGCACCGAAAGCGCAUCAUGCAUCACCAACCGCAUGACAUCCAGCACCUGCUCCCCCGGCCUCUUCUGCACCAUCCACCCCGACUCGGGCGCCACAGUCUGCAUGGAGCAGCACAACGAGAUCGGAACAGAGGGUAUCGUCGUAGCGACGUUUUUUGGGGCGUGUAUUGCGGGGUGCAUGGCGGUUCUGGUGGGGAUGUGUUUGAGGGAUAAGAAGAGGGAGAAGAAGUGGCAGAGUAUUCAGCGCGCGAAGAGGGAGGAGAGGACGAAUUUGAUGGCUGGUGCGACGCCUCCGAAUGUUAUAUGA